AGCUCUCUUCUGAGGAAACGAAACUGAUCUGAGUCUCUGUGUCGUCUGUCUGUGUGAGAGUGAACAACCGUCCAAAUGGCUCAGCAAGGAGUUCUGCUGGACCAGGACCAGUUCUGUUGUUCUGUCUGUCUGGAUCUACUGAAGGAGCCGGUCACUACUGCCUGUGGACACAAUUACUGUAGAAUCUGUAUUGAGGGCUGCUGGGAUCAGGAUGUUCUGAAAGGGGUCUAUAGCUGUCCUCAGUGCAGACAUACCUUCACUCCAAGGCCUACGCUGAUGAAAAAUAACAUGUUGGCUGAGCUGGUGGAGAAACUGAGGAAGACAGGACUCCAGGCUGCUCCCCCUCCUGCUCUGUGCUAUGCUGGACCUGGAGAUGUGGCGUGUGAUGUCUGCACUGGGACCAGAAAGCAGAAAGCCCUCAUGUCCUGUCUGCCGUGUCUGGCCUCUUACUGUGAGACUCACCUCCAAUCUCACUAUGAAUCUCCUGCUUUGAAGAAGCACAAGCUGGUCAAAGCCACCGCACAACUACAGGAGAAGAUCUGCUCUCAUCAUGACAAACUGCUGGAGGUUUACUGUCGUACCGAUCAGCAGUGUAUCUGUUAUCUGUGUACAAUGGAUGAACAUAAAGGCCAUGAUACAGUGUCAGCUGCAGCAGAGAGGACUGAGAAACAGAGGCAGCUGGGGAUGAGUCAGAAGAAGGUCCAGCAGAGAUUCCAGCAAAGAGAGAAGGAGCUGAAGAAUCUCCAAAAAGCUGUGAAGUCUUUCAAGCGCUCUGCACAGGCAGCAGUGGAGGACAGUGAUCAGAUCUUUACUGAGCUGAUCCGCUCCAUUGAGAGAAGGAGCUCUGAGGUGAAGGAGCUGAUCAGAGCCCAAGAGAAGGCUCAAGUGAGUCAAGCUGAAGGACUCCUGGAGCAACUGAAGCAGGAGAUAGCUGAGCUGAGGAAGAGAAGCACUGAGCUGAAGCAGCUCUCACACACAGAGGAUCACAUCAAUUUCCUCCAGAGUUAUCAGUCUCUCUCCAGUAUCAGUGUAUCUUCAGACUUACCCAGCAUCGUUGUCCGUCCUCUUCAGUACUUUGGAGAUGUGAGUAAGACUGUGUCUGAACUGAGAGAGAAACUAGAAGACUUCCUUAAAGGAGAAUGGACCAAGAUCUCCACUACAGUGAAUUUAGUGGAUGUUGUACUGCCUCCAGAGCCCAAGACCAGAGAACAGUUGUUACGAUAUUCCUGUCAGCUCACACUGGACCCAAACACAGCAUACACACACCUCUCUCUGUCUGAAGGGAACAGAAAGGUGACCUGUACAGCCCAAGUCAAACCAUAUCCUGACCAUCCAGACAGAUUCACCAACAACUGGCAGGUUCUGUGUAGAGAGGGUCUGUCUGGACGCUGUUACUGGGAGGUGGAGUGGACUGGUUAUGUUGAUACAGCAGUCUCAUAUAAAGAUAUCAGCAGAACAGAGGAAGAUGGUGAAUUUGGAGACAAUAACAAGUCCUGGAGUUUACAUUACUAUAGUGGUGGUUAUUGUUUCAGACACAAUAGUGUUGAGACUAAAGUAUCAGGCCCUCAGUCCUCCAGAGUAGGAGUGUACCUGGAUCACAAGGCAGGUACUCUGUCCUUCUACAGUGUCUCUGACACAAUGACCCUCCUCCACAGAGUCCAGACCACAUUCACUCAGCCCCUUUAUCCUGGGUUUUGUCUCAAUGGUACUGCUGAGCUGGUUAAACUGUAGUAGGGUCCACAUAGAUACUAGUCAUGCUGGAGUAGUCUAUAGCUAAGCUAGUUAAACUGUAGUAGGGUCCACAUAGAUACUAGUCAUGCUGGUGUAGUCUAUAGCUGAGCUGGUUAAACUGUAGUAGGGUCCACAUAGAUACUAGUCAUGC